ACAGAUGGAGACAUUCUCUGUCCGACGACGGGCUCACAGUCUAGAAGGGGGGAAACAGACAAAAGAGCAAAACUGAAGGCGGAAAGAGCAGCCCCCAAGUCCAUUGUACUUUCCAAGCGCUUAGUCCAGUGCUCUGCACGCAGUAAGCGCUCAAUAAAUACGAUUGAAUGAAUGAAGGCCCGCCCCCACGGCCUCGGGCCUCGCCCACCCCGGGAGGGGCCAGGUGUGGGUGAUGUCACUGGGGGGCGGGACCCGGGGUUCAGGUGUGGCGGCGGCGGCGCAGGUGGGAGUGGGCGCUGCCGGGGGCCGGGAGGGGGGCCUCGGUUGGACGGAAGGAGCUCCCGGGUCCGCGCCUCCCCCCGAACAUGCUGCCCGCCGCCGUGAGGAAAUGGCUCAACCGCCCCAAGAGGUCGGACCCCCGCCUGCUGGCUCAGUUCUUCUUCGCCGACGAGCGUGUGAAUGAGGUGGUGGCGGAGAUCGUCUGCCUGGACGUGAGGGCCGAGCCCCAGCUCUACCUGGUGCUGCUCAGCCAGCUCCACUCCAGCCAGGAGCAUCUUUUAGCCAUCCUGGAGCAGGUGAUGCAAGAGUGCAUUCCCCAAGAGCGGGCCAGCCGAGACUACCUGGUCAAGUUCCCCGAAGACUUGGUCGCCGAGAACCUGGGACCCCACGUGCUCUUUGCCGCUGAGUGCCUGGUGGCCGGCUCCUUCGUGGAGGUGGACGAGGCGGCGGGCGUGCUGCUGCGGCCGCUGGCACGAGAGCUGCUGCUGAGCCUGGAGCGGGUGCGGGACACGGUGCGGGAGGCGGUGUGGGAGCAGCGUCUCAGCCGCCCUGGCGCCCUCCCCGACCCCCUGCGCCGGGCCCUGCUGCGUUUCGACGGACUCUUCGCCGACUUCCAGCUGAGCUACGUGUCCACGAUGGCCGUGGUCAAGUCUCCCGAGGAGAUCUACCAGCAGCAGGACAUAGCCGUGCUCUUCUGCGAGGCCGUAGCCAGAGCCCUGAAGCUGGGCUACCUGACCCAGGAGAUGAUUGACAGCUAUGAGCCUCAGCUGAUGUUGACCAUCCCACGUCUGGCCAUCCUCAGUGGUCUCCUGAUCUACCCGGACGGUCCCCUGAGCCUGCGGCGCCCACCGGAGGAGAUGGCCUCUGUGUUCAGCCCCUUCUACCCCCUCCUGAAAAAGAUCCAGGCCCUGCUGAGAGUCCUGUCAGAGGAGGAGCUUGCCCUGCUGGAGAGGAGCCUAUGUGCGGCGGAGGAAGCCCCCCAGACCGGACCCCGGGCCGGGACCAGCCCGGGACCCUCAGCCACGGGCCGACACAGCUGGGCCCACGGUUCCCUCCGCGGAGCUGGAGAGGGACCCCCACCUGGGCCUGCCGUCUCCCCCCGGAGCGACGGAAGAUCCCCGGGGACGAGGACUGAUGCCAAAGCCGCAGCCACCCCACCCACGGAAACCCAACGGCCUGGUGCCGACCGGGACCCCUGCCCCAAGCGGCCUCCGGGCAACACCGGCCGCUCCGAGCACCGGGCCCGGGAGGUGUCCGUGGAGCCGGGCCGGGAGGCCGGGGGGUGCCGCCGGCCUGCAGCCCCCAGCUCCGGCAGGCUGGGCGGCAGCCCUCUGAGCCCCGCGGAGAGGAGGGCCUUGAGGGCCCGUUACACCAGCCCCCAAGACAUGGUCCACACCCUCUUUGUCUGCAUUUCAGGGGUGGCCGACCAGCUCCAGACCAACUUCGCCAGUGACCUGCGGGCCAUUUUACAGACCGUGUUCCUGGUGGUGGCGUCCAAGCCGGAGGCAGAGGAUGAGCGAGGGAGCCCUGACGUGCCUGGGACGACCACCCCCACGGCCACCUGCGCCCUCUGUGCCGAGCGGGGGACAGGAGAGCCCCCGGCCUGGGUCCCCGACAGCUCCUCCCCCUGCUGCCGUGCCUGCCGUGCCCCCUUCACCUUCCUACGUCGCCGGCAUCACUGCCGCAGCUGUGGACAGAUCUUCUGCUCCCGCUGCUCCUCGCACUCGGCUCCCCUGCCUCAGUUUGGUCACGUGAAGCCGGUGCGAGUCUGUUCCCACUGCUACGCCACGCACCUCGCCCCCGGCUGUUCCUGACGGCCCCGCCGGCCGCGGGCAACGGAGGCUGCCCAGUUCUGGGCGCGAUUGCACCCUUCCACCCGGGCGGGUGGGGGUGAGAAGUCGCUUCCCCCCCCAGUAGAGGGGCAGGGGCAGUUGGGGAUGGUUGGGAGAAAGACCAGUGGGUUGGGGGCAGACCCCUGCUCCACCCUUGCCCCGCAAGCCCGUGGCUGCUGGUGGUAGCCUCCCACCAAGCGCUGCAGUCUCGCUGGUCUUUCUCCUCGCGCCCCGUCAGGGUCCCCGAGGCUGGCAGAGCCCACGUGUGGAGGGAAGAGAAGGCCAACUGGUUAGGGCCGGGCACCAGCCUGCCCGAGCCUGCGCCCCGGAGCAGCCAGCCCCCGCCUCGCCCUCCCCUGGGCGUCCUUGCCCCCUCCUCUCCUACCUCACCGCCCUGAGCGGGAACAGGGUGCCACCUACCCCCCCAGCCCCUCACCAUGCACACAUUUACCUCGUCGUCCAUCUCUGCCCAGAACCUGCUGGGCCCAGGUACCACCCCCGGUCCCGCCAUCCCCACCCCGGCUUUCUGAAUCCCGGACUGAGCCCGGAGGCAGCCGCUCUACGGUAACGGCUUCUUACUGAGGAAACCCUCCACCUCUCCCCCGUAGCCUCGUGUGAAGGGGAAAAAGACGUGACCCCCGAGGUGCUGUUCUAACCCAAGUGUUCCCUAUACCCCUCUCCCAAUCGGGCCCGAUCCGGGGGCAGGGCUGGCAUCUGCCCCUCACCCCACAGGUCCAGAGCCUAAACUCCCCCCAGGAUUUUCCCGAUCCCACACCGUCCUGACCCGGGCCCGCUUACUGCCUCUCACAGCCCCGCGCACUUGAACCCCCUGGUCCGGCACCGGCAACUGUCCCCUUGGGUCGGUGUCCCACGCACCUGCCCCGCGUCAUCUGCCUCAGUUUUGAUAUGAGUUCUUGUUUCUCUUCGGCGGUGCUGCGUCUGCUGCAGAUGUUUGUCUCAUUAAAGUGGAAUUGGUCUCCGG